UUUAACAUUCAUGAAUCAAUAUUUCUGAAAAUCUGAAUCCAUUUCAAUUCAUUUCAAUCUAUUCUUGCUGGAAUCCUCGAUAGGAUUAUUUAUUAAUAUUUAUUACAAAUCAAGACUGUCAAAUACAUAAGUAGAAGAGAGAGAGAGAGGGGAGAGAGAGAGAGAGAGAGAAUGAGUGAGUGAGAAAAUAAAUAAGAGCGAGUGAGAGAGAGAAGCAACUUAGACAUAACCUCAAUUUCUAUCGUGAUUUGACAGCAUAUUCGAUAUAUUACACACUAAUAAUUUAUCCACUCUAAUGGAUUAAUAGUAUUAGUAAUAGAAUUGUAGAAGGAAAGAGUAAAUUUUACCAAAGAGUAAAUUUUUGUAUAUAAUAAAAGUGUGGAGAAUAACGAAUAUCUUAAUGUAUCAUUAUUAUUGAUAAUUAUUUAUCCGCUUUAGUUUUUUAUUAGUUACUUUUUUGAAAGGCUCGAAAGCUCCAAAUGGCACCAUUAACGGAUUUACUUUCUUGCAGUGUAAUAGAGAAAGAUUGUAAUGGGGAUGUCUUAUGGACAUGGUCGUAUCCAGCUGUUACAGAAUCUCAGAAGACUGUAGUCACAAGAAAAUGCAAUUUGAAGUUGGAGCAUACAUCUCCUCAUGUAUUUGUAUGUGCGAGACAUGGACAUGAUUGGUUCUACAUACAUUGCAGCGAGGUAUUCGACUCUGACAAACUACCGAAGGUAAAACAAUUUGCAUUGGUUCUUUUUGCAAAGGACUUUAAUCCACAAAAGUAUGAAGUGCUCUCAAGGGUUCUUAGCAAAAUGUAUUGCAAAACUGGAAAGCCUACAGAGAUUUUACAGUUGUAUUUAUCUGUAUUCACAAAGGGAUCAUGUUCGACGCAAGAGAACGGAACAUUUGUCUCUGAUGAUUUUAAUACUCAUCGUUUUGCAGCUAGCACUAAUGUCAAAGAGUUGAUUAAAACAUUCGAAUUAGAAACAAUUUUGAUAUAUACCGCUCUCUUAUUAAAAAAGAAGAUUAUUGUAUAUCAUCACAGCCUGGAGCAACUUCUUAAGUGGAUAAGAACAUUUCCUGCGUUAAUGAAACACAGGAAAGUUACUGACAAUCUUUUUCCCUGGAUUGAUUUGGUGAACGAUGAGUUAACUGAAUUAAAGAAAUAUUCGUAUUAUGUGGCAGGCUGCAGUAAUAGUUCAAUAUCGUCAAGGAUAGAUCUGUACGAUCUGCUUGUAAAUAUUCCUGCUAGAGAAAUUACUGUAGCACCGCACGCCAAAGAAAGUCUUACAAUGACGAAAACCCACAAGGAAAUAGCCUUGUUCAUGGUUCAACUAUGUGAAAAUCAAAACUACACAGAAGCACAAGUUAUAUCCGAGAUAAGUGACAAAACGCAAGAUCUUCUAAAUCAAUUAACUUCAUUAGCAACAGUGCAAACUCCAGAUGGCAAAAGAAUGAUAUCCGUCGAGAUAUUUAAAGAGAAAAACUUAGCGCCGGCUGUAGAAAGUUUUCUUAUUAAUUUGGCCAUUGCCGAAAACCUUUUUGUGUUAUAAUUUUAUAAAUCAAAGUCUUUAAACAUGUUAAACGCGAGAAUAAAGUGAGAAUAAGAGAUAAAAUGUAUCUAUUUCUCUCUCUUAUCUCAUGUUAAAAUAUAAGCAUUCAUUGUUUGUUAUAUUCUACCAAUAUUUUAUACUCAUUGCUUCUUAUUUUUGCUUCUUGAACUUUCGAUAUUGUUAAAUAUGUUUAUAAGAAAUAUUUAUAUAAGUAAAAUUAUACAA